CCCAGCAAACCAGCGCAAGCCUUGAUUACAUGUAUGAAGCCGGAGAGCAUGGACGUCAUUAAACUUGUCUGGGAAUCGGGAGCCUUUCCCAAUUUCUUCGAGAUGAUAGGGUUUAGUGACCUCGCGAGGAUGGCAAUGACCUGGGAAAGAGAGAGGGGUUCGUUUCAGGAAGAAGUGGAGAAACUAGGAGCAGAACUUGAGAACAGGAAAAUGGUUUAUGCUGGAGAAUGCGCGCUGCUUCCAGGGAGGGUAGCUAGAGUAGAACAGAUCUUUCUCAGGGCUUGGGGGCUGAGUGACGAGCAUCUGAGAAACCUUCUCCCGGCAGCACCCCCGCCCGCCAACCAUACGCCUGCCGCGUGCCAAGCGCUGAACAUCAACGAUGAGGAGAUGGCUGAGAUAGAGCAAGGCAUCGCCGCCAUCUCUGCUACAGUGCGGCAGACCCCGCUGAGACGCAUAGCAGCACCUAGGCCACUGCACGCAUCUGCAUCCAGACAGUUCACUGCGUUCGCCCCGUUAGCCUCCACGCACUGGGUGGAACACACGAGUACCGGCUUCGGACACUGCAUCUGGAAGCUGGACACGUACAACCACCUGGCGCCAAUCUCGGUAAAAGCCUAUCAAUUCCUAGCAGGCCCAACGGAUGCACAGGUUAGGAAGUGCAAGGCCAUCGCGUAUACGGCUCAGCUGAAGUUUUGCGGAAAAUCGGUGAGCCCUUUUUCUCCCGAUGACCUAUCAUUCCCACUAAUGAGCUAUAUAGACCCGGAGAAGUGCGGACAGACGGCGCCCGUAAUGUGUCAUAAAGCCAUCAAACAGACUCCCGCCCUGGAUCUCAGGAAUCUAAGGAAGGUGUGGAGUGCUGGCAGACCGUACGUCAAAUGCAGCUGCAAACCCAGCGAUGAGGACAAGGACUGUCCCGGUGGCCCCCUCUGGGUGGACCAUGCCAUCUGGUAUCUAUUAGCGCACCCCGAUGUCCUAUUCCCCACCAUGUCCUCUACCAAGAUCCGUACCUCAAUGCUAGUACACUACCUGAGGACCACGUGGAAGGACGCGGUGAUAGGCUGCAUCAUUUUUAUGUUCAUCAAAGAGAUCAUGACAGAUUUUGUGAAGUACCUCGAAGCUGACGACCAGCUGAGCGUCGAAGGGGUCAUCAAAGAUGAAAGGAUGUGGAGGCAACAACUUCCGCCAGCAAUCGGGAGGAUCCUGCUCCCCACGAGAAUCCCAGCCAGGCCCAGGAGGGUGACUCCGGCAGCAAGGCAGAGGGCCCAGUCCGGGCUAAUUCAGGGCCAGGGUAGGCUUAACUUUCCUGCAGCCAACAAGGCAAUUAACAAUGGGGAGGCCCCGGAGGAUGUUCAAAGACGCGUCGCAAUGAUAAACCGCAGGAACAUAGCAGCAGCGCAAGCACAACAGCAACAGCAACGUAACCAGCAGGCGGAGGGAUCGCCACCUCAGGCACCGCACAUUCAACAACGGGAUCGUGAAAGAUCGGGAGCGCAAGGGAAUGCGCUGGGCAAUCACGGACAACGACAAAGGGAAGGGGAAGGGAGUUCGGAACACCAGCAAGCAAUAGGAGGUGCCAAUGACGGGGGCAUGUCGCAGCAGACGCUUGUCGUCGCACGACAAAAUGAUGCACGACUCACAGCCGCCAGGCGGGAUGGCUCGGGACCUAGCAGUCGGUCCCCCACUCCAGCCACCCCCAUGACAGGACUGUCAGGGCCAACGAACGCACCUUCAAAGAGCAGCAGAAGGAGAUCACCAGAUGAUGGCUCUGGACUCGACUCGGAGCACUCGCACUUUGGGAGGAGGCUUCGCCCGAGACUAUCAGGCAGCAGCAGCUCUGCAGACCCGAGGUGCAACAAGGAUACGAGAGUUGGGGGGCAGAUGGUCAUACGGCCCACUGGGAGGUCAGUAUGGUGCAGAGAGAGGCACAACGGCCUUACCUUCUUGCAUAUGACGUACACAAGCAGAGCUAUGGAGGCGUUCUCGGUCCGGAGAUUGGUGCUAAGUGAGCUAAAGAGGCUAGUAGGGGAGGGUGUGAAGGAAUGGCUGGAGAAGGUGGUGUUUGGAUGGACAUAUGAGAAGCCCGUAGCGGCGUAUGUGUGCAGACCCAAGGAAGUCUUUAAGAACUUCGACAUCGAGCACUGGACCGAUCACUACGAUCAAGCGAAUUGUCACUGCAGGACGGACAGGAAGCUCGUGUUGGACAAGGCGAGGAGCAAGAUGAACGGGUACAUUAGCAAGCACAGGUUCAUCUCGGCGGAACCGAUAGAUCAGACGAGCACGAGACAGGACAUAGAUUUCCUCACGGAGAGGUUCUUGGUAGCUCCCACUUAUAAAUAUGCGAACACCCCCUCCUUUGUCUGCACCAACUUCAUUCGUGUGUUGGCACUUCGCAGACUGCAGGGCGCUGACUUUGUACUACAGCAGGAAGACCCUGAGCAGCUCAUCCCUGUCAUGAAAGAGCAGUUGAACAAUCUGCCAGCCCUGUCUGUACCGCGCGAUGCACUGCCCUACCUGAUGACAGUGUAUAAAGCGCACAAACAGUCCUUCCGCUGGAUCACUAACACAGCUGACACUGUUGUCUCUCCCAUGGCUGACCUUUGUGCCUGCCUGCUUCGUUUCCUGACCCCGUCUGUGCAGUCUUACUGUUCAGAGAUGAGCAAGAUAAUGGAAGCGGAAUACGAUGUCAGGCCCAAUCUGUGGUGGCCAAUCUCAUCGGUCGGUGAGCUUGCGGCGAACCUUCCCCGAUCGAUCCACGCUGUGUACACGACUGACAUCACGAGGUGCUUCGAAACCAUCCCUACGGAUGAUUCGGAGCACGGACUGCUGACAGCAAUUAGAUUCUUUGUCGAGACAGCCCUGAGCCAUCGGAGGGAUAGGAGCUCGAGGGAUGUAAUUAAGAAUCGAUCCGUCACCGACUCCGAGGGAUCUGCUAAGGCACAAGCAUGCAAUCUGGACGGUCCGAGGGGCGGUCACCACUUGGGAACCGGGGAAGCUCGGGAGUUGACGACACCGGUACCGGAUCCUGUAGGAGCGCGCAAAAUGAGAAGCGAGCAGCAACUCGCAGCCAGCAAGACGGACCUCGAUGACAACCGAGGGGCUUAUGCGGCGUCCUCCUGCGCUUUCCUUGCGUACCUUGCCCUGCUCGCAUGCAUUGUGCUCCUCUGCUUCAUCGCGUCCCUCCCACCGCCUCCCACCGACCAACCGCCGCGCACAAGCGAGGGCCCUGCACGUGGAAUCAUGGACCUCUUUGCCACUACCGCAGCUUCAUCGUCGUCCUGCGCGCAAGACCCCUCUCCAGUCACGCUCCACUCUCCCCUGCAAUCUCCGCUGGAGCCCUCCCUAGCUGCGGAUGCACGCCAUCCAUCGCAAACCCCCACCGGCUGGCAGUCAGCAGAUACCCCAUCGCGCAACAAUGAGCAUGCAGCGCUGGAUGCAAUCGUCCUCAUCCUGGCUAUGCUUCUGAAUGUCAUCAUCUGCGGCAUGGCGGUAUGGAUUUGUCAAUCACAACUAGUACUCUUAGCUCCAGCAAGGCGGGCCGCAACGCUGUUGUAUCUCACGAUUGGGUACACUUUCCUAGCGCUAUCGGCAGGCAGGCUUAUCGCAGUUUAUUGGAUCUCGUGAUCAGAGCGGCGCGCAGAACAGCCAAGAUAA